CCAUAAUUCUUUUUUCUUUUCUUUUUUUUUUAUCUCUUUCAUUCAUAUGGUUUGCAUAGACUUUCACAUAAGUACUACUAAAACAAAUGGGACUAAAGGAUUGCUCUCUAAGAAGGAUAAAGAAAGAGAGUUUCUGAGAAGUCAUGUGAUCUGUCCAGGGUUUAUAAAAACUCUGUUCUGGUCCUGAUAUGGUUUUUAUCACUGCCCCUUGUGGAAGUUUUAUGAAGUGAUGCUCAAGUGUUAUUUUCCACAUUUUCAUUUUGGUUUCUGCUGAGCACAGACCCGUCUGCGGUGAGGAUGGCUUCAUGCUUUUCUCCUUUCAUUCAAGCCUUGGAGUAAAUUUCUUUACAGAAACAACCAACAGUAGAAUUACAUCUCUUUUCAGAGCUCAGGCUUCCUGGAGUUCCAAACCAUCUCCUUAGACUUGUUCAGGUUCUCCACCGUGAGGCAGGAAUACGGACUGAAUCUGUUAAUCCACUAAAAGAUCCAUCAACAGCUUGGACCUGAAGCAGCAGCUACUUCAUCAGUGUAUAAAGCUCAGAGUUCAGGCCAUGGAGCGAAAUCAAAGUUCUGAGAAAUCAAACAUCCAGAAGAUCAUCACAAGAAGUGAAGUAAUCAAGGAGGGAUCUCCCACUCUCUACAAGCUGAUUACUGACAAAGAUAUCAUUGGAACUCUAAGAACAGUGACAUUUGGUAAGAAAGAUGUGCAGAAAACAAAUAAAACCAUUUUACUUGUUGGUGAAACAGGAACAGGAAAAUCAACUCUGAUCAACGCUCUGGCCAACUUCACCAUGGGAGUGAAGUGGGAGGAUGAGGCCUGGUUUCAGAUAAUAGAGGAGGAGAUGAAAAGUCAGACAGAAAGUCAGACACCUGAUGUGAUCGUCUACAAGAUCUUUGGGUUUGGAGGUAAAACUCUGCCCUACUCUCUGACAAUCAUCGAUACUCCUGGAUAUGGAGACACCAAAAAUAUUGAACAAGAUGCCAUCGUGAGUCAAAGGUUAUUUGACUUGUUUCGAUCAAACAAUGGAGUUCAUGAAGUAGAUGCAGUUGGUCUGGUGAUCAAGGCGAGUGAUAAUCGACUGAGCAACCGCCUCAUAUACAUAUUCAACUCAGUCAUGUCUUUGUUUGGAAGUGACAUGGAGAGAAACAUCGUGGUUCUCAUCACACACUCAGAUGGAAUAUCACCAGAAAAUGCUCUCCAGGCUCUCAAAGUUGCAAAAAUCAAAUGUGCCAGAAAAGGAAACAAGGAGCCUGUUCACUUCCUGUUUAAUAACUGUCAACAUAAUACCAGAACAGAGAAAAAUAAGGAUUUACUUGAACAUACAUAUAAAAUAUCAGACAAAGGAAUGCGUGAGUUCACAUCCUUUCUGGAAAACACUGCUCCUCAAAAACUGGAGCAAACUUUGGAAGUUCUGAAUGAUCGUAUCCGACUGACGGCCUGCAUCCAGAACCUGCAGGACAGAAUCCAGCUGGCUGAGAUGAAACAGACAAAAAUCAAACAGACUCAAGAAGCACUGAGGAAAAAUGAGCAGGAGAUGAAGAUGAACCAGAACUUCACUGUAGAAGUUGAUGAGGUCUACACAGAGAAACAAGCCAUUGAUGGUGGGACGUGGAUGUUGUUUUUUUAUAAUGCAGCAGUCACUUGUCCACACUGUGAGGAGAACUGUCACUUUCCUGGAUGCACAAUAGCCUGGACACCAGAACACUGUGAGGUCAUGAAAAAUGGCCGCUGCACUGUUUGUACUGGGAAGUGUCUUGCCUCAGCUCAUGUGAAGGAAAAGUGGAGAUAUGUGAACAAGACAAGGAAGGUUAAGAAGACUGAGAAAGAGAUGAAAGAGAAAUAUGAAAGCAAAAAAGCAGCUUGUGAAAAACAGGCCAGCCUUUUGGAAAGUCUUCAAAAAGAGAAAGAAAACCUUGAAGAUGACAAAGUAAAGUGGCUGAAUGAAGCCUACCGGCAUAUUGAGAGUCUGAAUAAAAUUUCCCUGAAUGUUAAUUCACUGUCCACUUAUGUCCACUUGGACUUCCUGAUUGAGAAGAUGAAGGAAACUGGAGAUAAAAUGAAGGCCCUGAAACUGGAGGAGAUGUCCCAUCAAGCAGGUGAUGAUGUUCAUCGUGGGCUGAAGUACGCCUUAAGCUCAAUGUGGAACAAGAUCACAGGAAAAAAGCAGGAUAAGACAGAUACUGCUGUCUAAAUAGACCAUUUAUUAUGAGUGAUGAGGACAAAUACGAAGACAGAAGGUAAAAAUCAAGUGUUAAUAUCAGAUUAGUUCAAGUACUCUGACUGCUUAAUUAGUCUGGAAGUUCAGUAAUAAGGUCCUAGUUACUUUUUCAGUUAAACCAUCAGUUAAUUAAAUUUAAACGUUUCUUUAUUAACUUUUAUUAAGAGAGACACAAACAAAUAAAUAAAUAACAAAGAUGGCAAAGAUGAACAGAAAUUUUUACUGAAGAUUUGAAAAAGGGCAAGCAGACAAAGCUCAACUUUAUAAGAUAUUAGAAUAUAAGCAUUACACCAGCCCCAUCAACUACAGCUUGAAUAAAAUUAAAGUUAAAUUUAAAAAAGUAGUUCCAGGGUGAUGUUCAGCACUGUGUAAAAAGUAGUUCCAGGGUGAUGUUCAGCACUGUGUAAAAAGUAGUUCCAGGGUGAUGUUCAGCACGG